AUCCGUAAGCUAAGUUCAGACAGAAAUCCAGGACUGAGAGAAAAUUGAGUUAUAGCAGAUCUUCAAAUGGCCAAUGCUGACGGAGAAAAGUCUCUGCUUGUGGGGUUAUUAGAUCAAUCGCCUCAACCAAAUCAAAAUCAAACCAACAAGAAAAGAAGAUUCCGCCGCUGUAAAACUGCUCCGCCACCAGAGUUUUUCCAUCCAGAGAAGAACGGUGGUGGCUCUCUUCCACGUUCCCCAUCCAUCUUUGGGGACUUACAUCCAAGUUUUGUGCAAGUAGCAACGUUGUUGACCAUCUACCUUGGUGUAGGCACUCUCUGUUUCUUCCUCGUAAGGAAUCAGAUCAGAGGCGAGAAAACAAAUGGGGUUCUCGAUGCUGUCUAUUUCUGUGUUGUGACAAUGACUACAGUUGGAUAUGGUGACCUUGUCCCAAAUAGUAAAGUCACCAAACUACUUGCUUGUGCAUUUGUCUUCUCUGGUAUGGCUCUUGUUGGGUUAAUACUUAGUAAAGCAGCAGAUUAUCUUGUAGAAAAACAAGAAAUACUAUUAGUUAAAGCCCUCCAUUUACAUCAAAAAGCUGGAGAAAGGGAGAUUCAGAAAGAGAUUGAAACUAACCGAAUGAAAUACAAGUUUGUUCUGACCCUGAUCAUUCUUUUGUUGCUAAUAUUAGUUGGGACAAUCUUUUUAUACAAGGUUGAGAAGCUUGAUCUUGUUGAUGCUUUCUACUGUGUUUGUUCUACUAUUACAACUUUAGGAUAUGGUGAUGAGAGCUUCUCAACUGAAAUGGGACGAGUAUUCGCUGUGUUUUGGAUAUUGACAAGUACUAUUUGCAUAGGUCAGUUCUUUCUAUACUUAGCAGAGUUCAAUACUGAACGGAGGCAACAUUUGCUGGUCAAAUGGGUUCUUAACCGGAAGAUGACAUACACAGAUCUUGAGGCAGCUGAUCUCGACGAUGAUAGGGUUGUGAGUGCUGCAGAAUUCAUCCUAUAUAAGCUCAAAGAGAUGGGGAAGAUCAAAGAAGAAGAUGUAACACUUAUAAUGAAGGAGUUUGAGGAUCUUGAUUUUGAUCAAUCUGGGACAUUGACCGUAUCUGAUUUAGAGCUUGCACAAUCAUCUCAGACAGGGAGUUGAUUCACGCCUUCUUGAAGAGUUUAGGACUGCAAAAUUGUGUAAUGGAUGGUGAAGUAUCUGAAAGCCAAUUUCCGGGAUCCUGUGUUGUGAAGAAAUAACUCAUUUACCAUAUAAUGAAAGAUACAAAUACUUUGUGAUUGAAUUUCAAUAAUCUGAUAUUUUGCAAAUUGAUUGUUUUUCGUA